AUUUGAGCUUUUUGGCAAAUAUGGACAGAAACAUGAACUUUGCAUAUUUAUUAUUUAGAGGAGAAGCUUACAAUCUUUUUCUGUGAUUGUAUUAUGCUGCUUCCACUUUCAGCUUUGAGCAUUUGAAUUUGCAAAAGCGUGUGAGCUUUGGGGGGGUGGGUUGUGAUUCAUCAUUAGCUGGUAGUGUGGAGGUAAGCGUGUGAGCUUUGAUUUGGUUGCUGGAGGGUUUGUGAAUUGAAUUGGAGAAAAGGGGUCUCCUUCGUUUUUGGGAAUUAUUGAUUGACAUAAACUGGGAUUGAUAAAACCUAGCAAGAAAGGAAAAGGAAGGUUUUUUAUUGUUUUGUUUAGGUUAGAUUGGAGAAAAAGCAAAAGGGUUUUUCUGUGACGGCUCAGUAAGUAUAUAUAAGGGGUGUUUGAGGAUUCACUUUGCUGUGAGAUUUUUGUAUUGGAUUAAAGCUUGCGUGAUGGAUGAAGCUCAGGGCAGUUCCAGUUCCCUGCCACCUUUCCUCGCCAAGACUUAUGAGAUGGUGGAUGAUCCUUCAACUGAUUCCAUUGUUUCAUGGAGUGCCACCAAUAAAAGUUUCAUUGUCUUGAACCCACCAGAAUUUGCAAGGGAUUUGUUGCCCAAAUUCUUUAAGCACAAUAACUUCUCUAGUUUCAUCAGACAGCUGAACACUUAUGGCUUUAGAAAGAUUGACCCAGAACAAUGGGAAUUUGCAAAUGAUGAUUUUGUAAGAGGUCAACCACAUCUUUUGAAGAAUAUCCAUAGGCGCAAACCAGUUCAUAGCCAUUCUUUGCAGAAUCUCCAAGGUCAAGGGGCUUCUCCACUCACUGAAUCGGAACGGCAGAGUUUGAAAGAUGAGAUGGAGAAGCUUAAACAUGAUAAAGAACAACUUCUUCUGGAGUUGCAGAGACAUGAAGAGGAGUGGAAAAUGUAUGAGGUACAAAUGCAGUGCUCAAAGGAUCGUUUGGAAAAGUUGGAAAAGAAGCAACAAGAUAUGCUCUCUUCUGUUUCUCAAGUGUUGCACAAACCUGGAAUUGCCUUAAAUCUCUUGCCGCUGAUAGAAAACAUGGAUAGAAAACGAAGGUUGCGGAGAAGUGGUCACUUUAGUGAUGAAGCUAGCAUUGAAGAUCCCAUGGAAAGUUCGCAAGUGUUACCUAGAGAUCAUGCAGAGAGUUGCUCUGAUUUCACAGUAAACAUGGAGCGAUUGGAUCUGCUUGAAUCAUCCGUGGUGUUCUGGGAGAAUAUUGCACAUGAUGUUGUUGACUCCUUUGUUCCAAGUCAUUCAAACAUGGACUUUGAUGAAUCUACAAGUUGUGCAGAUAGUCCAGCUUUAUCUUGUGUGCAACUAGAUGUUGAAGUUCUGCCUAAGUCAUCUGGAAUCGACAUGAACUCUGAGCCAGCCGUGGCUGCUGUUCCUGAUCUUGCUACAUCAAAAGAACAACCUGUGGGAACAACCCCUGUGGCUACUACUGGUGUUAAUGACGUAUUCUGGGAACAAUUUUUGACAGAGAAUCCCGGUACAUCCGAAAUGCAGGAAGCACAGUCAGGAAGAAAGGAUUCUGAUGGCAGAAAUAAUGAUGGAAAAACUGGUGACCAUGGAAGAUUUUGGUGGAACAUUAGGAAUGUAAAUAACCUUCCAGAACAGAUGGGGCAUUCUUAGUCAAGCAAAGAAAAUUUAGUGGCAAUUGGAUGCCUCACCUCGCAAUUACAUGUAAUAAAUGUAGGUAUGUGUGGUUGGCUCUGCUAUAAAUACAUAUUCCAUAUUUUUGCUUGAAUGUUUGCAUCCUGUAUAUAAUUUAGUCAAUUAUUAUACAGCUCACUAGUCUCAUAUAGUUCUACUAUGCCAAAACCUGAACAGAAAUGUGGUUUGCUUUUCUGCACUUUUCCCUCCCUUUGAUCCAUUCUUUAUCUUACUUUACCAUAUAAUAGAAGCCAACUGCAUAUAUCCUCGGUUGCCAUCUCCUGCAGGGAGAUACCCAAUAUCAAAAGUGGAAAUUGUUUUUUUAGCGCUCUAGAAUUACUGAUGCCCCAUAGAGUAAAAGGGCCUGAUAUUAGGCGUAAAGAAGUAAAGUAAGAAAAGAAUAUGCACUCUAUUGUCUAUAUCCUACUGCUUGUGAAGAAGGAAAUGUUGUAAAUUCCAGUUGUUUGGGACUGAGGUUGAGGAGUGGUAGUUUUUGUUCCCUUGUAUUCACUCUGAACGCCAAUAUUUUUUUGAGAUUAUGAAUGGUUGUGUUGAUUCGUUAAUGAGAAUAGAAAGAACUGUUGAAUAAUGAGUUUGUGAGACUUGAGUCUAUUACAUUUACAUGAAAACUAGUCUUGAGCGUGUCACAUUUAAAAAGAGAUUACUGGAAAUUAAUGUUUUUCAUAUUGGUAAAUCUAAGAUAUUGUGAGUGUAAACUUCUAGGUCUAUUUUCUUCAUUCAAUAAUUUUCACAGGAUGUAUUGAGACUUGAGAGUAUUGCAUUUAAACAAGAGAUUAGUGGGAAUGCAAGAUAUUGUUAUUUGUGAGUGUAUAAUUCUAGUUCUACUUUCUUCAUUCAAUAAGUUUCAAAUGUUUCCAUCUUUUCGUCAAUCUUACUAUAUUUUUAUAGCACACAAAAACUACAUAUAGUAUGAGGCUGACCACAGACGAGUACAAGGUGCGAGGAAAGAGAUUCAAGAUAGAGUGGUAAGACCUACUAUGAUGUGAAAUUAACCUCUAGUAAAUAUCAUAUUUCUUGUACAUGGGUUUUUAACUUGUGUUGGAAGUUUAAAAAAAUUCUGAUUGCUGAAUUGUAGCUUUUCAGGGCUCUAGUUAUCCAUUUUUACUAAUUGCCCUCUGCUUUUCCAUUGAUUAUUGCUAUUGCUGAUGACCAUGGAUCUCUGGUUAAUCAAUUUAUGUUUCUGGCCUUCGUUUCAAUUUUACUGUUUAGUCUGUUUUGGGCAUGAAACUUUCUGCUAUACUAUGUGAUGACAUGAUGUGCACUUAAGUUCUUAGUGGACUCCUAACUUUACUGCUGCCUGCUGCAUUUAGCAGUUUGUCUUUAUUCUAAGUUAAGUUCGUAGAAAGGAGAAGAAUAGAAGAAGAGUAUCGUAGAAAUAUUAAAAGAAAUUCGGAAUAAAUCGUUGUUAUCAUCUUUUUCACUUUGUUUAUACAAGGUCUUAUAUUAAAGUAAAAUAUAUAUAUAUAUAGAUAAAAUCAUUUCUGUAGCCGCUUUACGUACAGAAACGACAUGUGUAUGGUUAUGAUUCUCCACAUUUAAUGCUUUCAUCAUUUGUAUGGUUAUGAUUCUCCGCAUUUAAUGCUUUCAAAUAUAUAUAUAUGGCAAGUAUUUGAUUGCUACACAUAUAACAGCGGCAGAAAUGU